CUGGCGCCCACCACGAUUUCGUAUGCUCGUGAUUGGCAUUACUUACUAACUUUAAUAUUAUAUAUUAGACUUAACAUAUAUUUUAAAUCAAACUUCUAAUCAUAUUAGAGAUCCUAAAUGAAUGAAUGAGCAAGACCUGUAGACCAGUCGCUAACGAGUUUGCUCUCCUCGAGCUUCAGAAGGGAACAGCGACCACUGGGGGUUGUUGUUGACCCUAACCCCAGCCCAACUCAAUGACUGACACACAGGCUCGCUCGCAGCUGCCCUUUUCGGUGAGGCGUUACGACACCUUGUUCACCCGUUCCAUUCGACGUUGAUGAAGCCUACGACUGUUUUGAACCACCUAAAUCUAUAAGGAGAGCCUCUUAAAUUUCACGACAUCAGCGGCCGGCAUCUUGUGUGCAAGCUUUUCUGAAACAACCUUGGAAGCUUCGGUCCCGACUCUGAAGCUCCCAUCUCGCGGCAUCACAACUCCAACUCACCACCACUACUAUGAAGUUCCCCGCUGAGCCAGGCAUGCAAUAUGCAUACUGCGGAACGAAUGACGGUGUUUCACUCGCUUUUCAGACCUCAUUGCCUCUCGAGGACAUCCCUGAAUCUGGCCCCGGGUCGCUGAGUGACCCCCGCCGCCAGACCUGUAUCCUUCUCAUGCAUGGCUUCAGCGGUUCCUCCAAGUACUUCACGCGCAACUUCGCCGCGCUCUCAGAAAACCACUGGGUAGUUUCCCCAGACAUGCGUGGCCACGGUGCCUCGGGCCGCACCAAAGGGGGCUACCACGUUGCCAGACUGGCUGCCGACCUGCGAUCGAUCGUCGAGUGCCUCCGCCAAGCCAGUGGCAAGAUCAAGAUCGUACCCGUUGGCUGCUCCAUAGGCGCCGCCAUUCUGUGGACCCAUGUUGAGCUCUUCGGCGACAACGAUUUCGCAGGCUUUGUCUUCGCCGACCAGGCCCCUCUUCAGGACCGCUCGGCGUUCGACAACUGGGACGCCUCCAAAGCUCAUCUCGGGUGCUACGAUGAGGCGACCAUGCUGGCCGCCCAGCGCGCCUGGAUAGAGACCCCAGAAGAGGCGCACAAGGGACUGGUCAGCGAAUGCCUUGGAUACCGCUUCGCCCCUGAGGAGAGUGACCACGUCAGCCCUGAGGCUGCCGCAGAUGAUGAGGCGUUCUUUACGGGCAUCAGCGCUCUGUGCGACGGGCAGUGGCUCGCGAGGCUCCUGGCCGACCAUACAAGGUACGAUCACCGCGAGGCUGUCGAGCUCAUCAAAAAGCCUACCCUCGUUUUGGCCGGACGCCGGACGGGCUGUUUUCCAUUGGAAGGUUUGAAGGAGACGGUUGCAAGGGUGGGCCAAGGGAAUGAGAAGCCAGGACUAGCAAAGUGGUCCGUCUUUGACAGUGGCCACUGGAUGUUCUAUGAAGAUCCGGAGCGUUUCAACAAGGAAAUCCUCGAGUUCGUAUCUCAGUGUUGAGCCGGAUCUUGACGGAAAACAUUCUUCAACAGAUUGGGGCAGCCCUAAUUAUAAGUGUUACACCAGAUGAUACCUAAUAGCUUUAUCAGGCUGCGGACCCUGAGAUUGAGUAUAGCAGUCCAUGUGAAGACGGCAGGACUAGUACCACACGUGCCGAGUGAGAUCUGAGACGGCAAUCACUGCUCGAAUGUUUGACUCGUUUCUGUGCAUCCCUGAUUUGCACCUUGGAGUAGUGCAUUUGACUUCAAAUUCUGUGGA